CUCCAAGAACCUGAACUGCACCUCAAAGUUUCACCCAGAAUGAUCCUUUGUGGAUUGGUGCUGUUGGUGUCUGGGUCUGUUUUGGUCCACGCCACACACAACCCAGCUCUGGAUACAGCAUGGGAGGACUGGAAAUCAACCCACCAGAAAGGGUACUUUGGUUUGGGUGAGGAGGCCAUCCGCAGGACCAUCUGGGAGAAGAACAUGCAGCUGAUUGAGGCCCACAACCAGGAGUAUGAGCUGGGGAUCCACACGUACGAGCUGGGCAUGAACCACCUGGGGGACAUGACAACAGAAGAGGUUGUGGAGAAGAUGAUGGGCUUCAGACCUGACGUGCAUGCAGGGAUCAAUAACACAUUUGUUUCUGACUCUCAACCUGUGCCCUCCUGCAUUGACUACUGUAAAAAAGGAUAUGUCACCUCUGUCAAGAACCAGGGCUCCUGUGGUUCCUGCUGGGCCUUUAGUGCGGUUGGAGCUCUGGAGGGUCAGCUGAUGAAAAAAGGGAAGGAACUGGUGGAUCUAAGUACCCAGAACCUGGUGGACUGCGUGGUGAAGAACAGUGGCUGCCAUGGUGGCUUCAUGACUUACGCAUUUGGCUACGUUAGCAGUACUGGAGGCAUAGCCUCUGAGAAAGCUUAUCCCUACACAGGCAUGCAUGGAAAGUGUGUUUACAAAACCGUAAUGAAGGCAGCCACAUUAACAGACUUUGUGAUCCUUCCUCAUGGGAAUGAGGACAUUUUGAGGGCAGCUGUGGCUCAGGUCGGCCCUAUCGCUGUGGGUGUUGAUGCCAGUCAGCCUACGUUUCAUUUCUACAAAAGAGGUAGGUCACCACUGAGGUGCAAUCCCUGGACUCCUUUCUACAUUUCCAAGGCUCACAGAACUAUCCUGUUAGUGCAAUGCUAG